AUGGCCAACAAAUCCCAAUUCUUCAGAGAAAGAACAAAACUAGUGGUGGAGACCUUCUUUAUCAUGAUCUUCACCCUCAUGAUGGUGGCUUUUUCAUCCAUUUCUAUGACCCUGGCUGUAGCAGCAGGUCAUAGUGACAUCAAUUUCCAAAGAUGUGUUAUGAACGUCUAUUUUGCAUUUACGAUGAUAUUUUUGGGCCUGUCAAUCCUUAAAAUCAUGACACCUAACUUCCAGUGGCUUCAGUACUUCAGCAUUCCUUAUUAUGGCUUCACGGCUUUGCAGCACAAUGAAUUUUGGGGAAGAAACUUCUGUCCAUCACUCAAUACAACACAUGGCAAUAUCUGUCCUGGCUAUGUAAUAUGUUCUGGUGAAGAAUUCUUGAAAACAAAUGGAUAUCUCACUGGUAUAUAAUCUGAUUGCUUCAGAAUCUCCUGAGAGCUCUGCUAAGACACAGAAGUCUGGUCUUACCUGUCCCACCACAGGAGCACCUACAGAGACA